AGUUUCCAGAGGUCCUCUUGCGUCUACGGAGAUGUAGGAGAGGAAGGGGACGACGUGAGGUACGACGUCGAGGUGGUUGUUGAACAACAGUCAGUGCAACCCGGCCCCGCCAUUGUCACGUCCUUGUGCAAGUUCAAGCGGAGCUCCAAUUGCCUGGCUGUGUCACAGUCCGUCACGGGCGCUACACCGCAGUUAUCAGCGCGCCAAUGACGCGCAGGCUGUAACGCGUUAGUCACGCUUGCUAUCGUCUACUACGACGACCAGCUUCACUCUACCACCGACCAUGACCUCGUUAAUCAGUUCUUUGCUCUGGGGGACCUCUCAGCUCGACGAUGCAGUUGACAGGGCCACUUCGGAGUUGCUUCCGUCUGGGGCAGAGGACAUUGCACUUAACCUAGAAAUAUGUGAUCAGAUUCGUUCAAAAUCGGUUUCGCCAAAGGAUGCAAUGCGGGCAUUGAGACGUCGUUUGAACCACAAGAAUCCCAACGUGCAAUUGCUGGCACUUGGUCUCACAGAUGUUUGCAUCAAGAAUGGCGGGGACGCUUUCCUCUCCGAGGUUGCUUCACGCGAGUUCAUGGACAAUCUUGUUUCUAUUCUGAAAAUGCCAGGUCUCAACCAUGAUGUCAAGAACAAGAUUCUGAGACUGGUCCAAAAUUGGUCUAUUGCCUUCGAAGGUAAAGCCAAUUUAAGCUACGUUGGGGAGGUAUACAGGACUUUGCAGCGUGAAGGAUUCAACUUCCCUCCGAAGGAUCCGGCGGUGGUUAGUUCAGCUAUGGUAGACACUCAGACAGCCCCAGAAUGGAUAGACUCUGACGUCUGUCUGCGAUGUCGAACCGCCUUCACUUUCACUAAUCGCAAGCACCACUGUCGAAAUUGCGGGCAAGUCUUCGACCAGCAGUGUUCGUCCAAGUCGAUGGCACUGCCCCAUUUCGGAAUUACACAAGAGGUUCGGGUUUGUGAUACUUGCUACACGAAGUUGAAUAAGAAGCACAAAUCACAUCGCGGUUCCCAAAGUCUAUCAUCAUCUCGCCACCGGUCUGCCCAAGAGUUUGCUGAUGCAGAGUUGCAACGUGCGAUCCAGUUAUCACUUCAGGAAGUAGGCGCAGCUGGUGGUCAUCGUCCAGGAUAUGUGCCGUCUCCCUCUCCAUGGCAAACUUCCGAACCUCCGUUGGUGGAUCGUCGUACGUACCCCUCCCGAACAUCUUCAAUAGUACAGGAGGAGGAUGAAGAUGACCCGGAUCUCAAAGCUGCGAUCGAGGCUAGCUUGCGCGAAGCUGGGGCGCCCAAACCCAGCGCACCGUUGAGUAUAGAGACUCCUCGAGCAGAGGAACCGGGCUACUCGUAUGCUCAAUCAUACCCGCCUUCCGCUGCAACGCCCAAGCCCACUGUCCCGACGUUACCAAAUUAUGAUCUGGAACCAUUGGAAGAGGAUGCUAUCUUAACAUUCAGUCAGACGGUCGAGCAGGUGCAAGCGCAAGGCGGACGGGACUUGUCACGAUAUCCUGCUGUUACGGAACUGUAUGAUAAGGCCAAUGGAUUGAGGCCUAAAGUCGCUAUGAGCUUAGGUGAUGCUUCGCGGAAAGAAGGUAACUGCUCACCGAGAUGCAUGAGAAGCUAUCACAGGCAGUCCGGUUAUACGACAAGCUCUUGACGGAGCAGCUGUCGCAUCCUCGUUGGCGAACUGGUCCUGUUGCGUCAACAAGUACCCAACCUGUUAGCUCUCCGUAUACACCUCAAUAUCAGCAACCACAAUACUCUCAAUGGGCUGCAUCUCCUCAAGCUCCGGUGGCUUCUCCUCCUAUACAGACACCGGCGCCACCUUCAUAUCUUGCACCUCAGUCACCAGUCCACACCCAGCAACCACCGACUACGAAUGGUGUCUACGUCGCCUCCUCUCCUCCUCCCGCCGACACUUAUCAACCCAUGUAUCAAUCGCCUGCUAAUGUACCACAGCAACCAUCCCCCGAGCUGGCUCACCAUCCUCAACAACCACAAUACUCUUCUGCACCGCCUCUGCAGUAUCAGAAUGUGGCCCCACCACCCCCAUCAGCUGCAUCCGUACAAACACCUCCACCACCAGUUUCUCAGCCGCAGCAGUACUACCAGUCCGUUCAGUCCCCACCUCCUUCGUCAAAUCUUCAACGGCAUCAUACUGUUGCAUCACAUACUCCUUCUGCUCCCCAACCUGGUCCCUACGGUCCGCAGAAGACGCUGGCUCGAUCUAACACCAUGGGGCAUUCACCGCAACAGCUUUUGCACUUGCAGCAAACAGCGGUUCCUCAGCAACUACCCAACUUCCCUGCCGUGCCUGCAUCACCACCACAAGGUUAUCAAACAUAUGCGCAGCAGCCGGAACCGGAGAGGGAGGCGUUGUUGAUUGACCUGUAGUUUAGGAUCGUUGUAUUGUUCGUUAUGUCAUGACAGGAUUCUGGAUGUUUUUGUACGAUUCUUUAUAUUUGAAAAUAUGAAGACGAUGAGAUUAC